CCUUCGCCGCUCCUCUACUCUACCCUCCCUCCUCUCCCUCUCGCCUCCCCCUUCGCCGCGGAGCCGGACCUCCUCGCCCGCGCUCUCGUCCCCGCCGGCGAGAAGCCCCGCGCCCGCCUGCGGCAGCUGCUGCGCGGGCUGCUUUUGUUACCUCGCGCCGGCGAGGAGGCAGGUUUGGAGGGGGGCGACGCGGCCCCGGUUCCGUUGCCUGCUGGCCUCCAUCCCGGAGGCGGUAGGGGUUGUGGAGGUGCGGGGCCGUGGCUAGCCUGCGGUGCGAGCUCGCUGGGCUGACCGGCGUCGGGUUCUUUUUCUUUUUCUCUUCUCCGGCGGCGGUGGUGGGGGCGCGGCGUGCGGGGAGGGGGUGGUAUAUACGGCGAUGAGCUGCGGCAGCGACGGGUGCAGGGAUGGCGGGAGCGAGGAGUUCAGGCGGCCGCGGCCGAGCAAGGUCGCCGCGGGCGAUUUGGUGGUGGAGCCGGCGCGGUGCUCGGACGCCGCCGCCGCGUCGCCGGCUUCCUGGAUUGACAAGAAGCUGCUCGUUGACCCCAAGAUGCUGUUCAUCGGAUCCAAAAUCGGGGAGGGAGCCCAUGGCAAGGUCUACAAGGGGAAGUAUGUCGAUCAAAUUGUAGCAAUCAAGGUUCUUAACAAUGGCAACACUCCUGAGGAAAAAGCAACCUUUGAAGCUCGUUUCAUUCGGGAAGUAAAUAUGAUGUGCAAAGUGAAACAUGACAAUCUUGUGAAGUUCAUUGGAGCUUGCAAGGAACCACUGAUGGUUAUUGUCAGCGAGUUGCUGCCAGGGAUGUCACUGAAAAACUACUUGAAUAGCCUUCGGCCCAGCCAAUUAGAUAUCCAUACUGCAAUCAGCUAUGCAUUGGAUAUAGCUCAUGCAAUGGAAUGUUUACAUGCAAAUGGAAUAAUACACAGGGACCUGAAACCUGAUAAUUUGUUGCUCACUGCAAAUCGUAAGAAGCUGAAGCUUACUGAUUUUGGACUUGCACGAGAAGAAACCGUGACUGAAAUGAUGACAGCUGAAACGGGGACAUACCGAUGGAUGGCCCCAGAGCUAUACAGCACUGUCACUCUUCAACGUGGUGAGAAGAAGCAUUACACAAAUAAAGUGGAUGUGUACAGCUUUGGCAUUGUUCUGUGGGAAUUGUUGACCAAUAAAAUGCCAUUUGAAGGCAUGUCGAAUCUACAAGCGGCAUAUGCUGCUGCUUUCAAGCAAGCGCGCCCACCCCUUCCUGAGGAGACCCCUCAGGAGCUUGUGUUCAUUGUGCAAUCAUGCUGGGUUGAGGAUCCUGCUAUGAGGCCUAGCUUCAGCCAGAUCAUCCGCAUGCUGGAUGCUUUCCUCAUGACAAUGCCUCCACCGCCCCCUUCAGAAUCAACCGAAGACGCGGAAUCGGAUGAAACAGCGUCAUCGCUGAAUAGCAAGAACUCUGCUGUCUCUUCGAUUGUUUCUCGUGCGACAAGCAAGCUCUCGGUGGUCCGCCAUCUCUUCGCCUCGAAGAAGGCAGGGAAUGGGAGGACAUAACAAGCUCUCGGUCGUCCACCAUCUCGUCGCCUCAAAGAAGGCAGGCAAUGGGAGGACAUGAUGCAGUCAUGUCCUGAGACGUUUCCCUUGGUGCUGUAAAGAGUUAGCCUAGGUUAUGUGUAAAACAAGAGGGGAUCUUGUUCACUGUAGGAUAGCUGUUGUAUUGAUGACACAAAGGAAAGUUGAAAUGCAACUCGUGCAAGCUAUGUAUAGCUGGCAUCUGCUUUACCA